GAUUCGAGUGUUGUUUUAUUCAAUAUUCAAAUCAUCUCCUAUCUUGAUAUUUCAAAUAUAUUUUUGUUUGUUGUCGACUAUUAUAUUUUCAAUUGCCCACUUGUACCAUCAUUUGAACCGGACUGCCAAAUUCCUCAUCAUAGUUUUUUUUUAUUACUUUACCUUUAAAUUUUUUAUUAUUAUAAAUUCCUCAUAUAUACUACAUCGAUCGAUUCAUCUUUCUCAUUCUCACCAUCAAUCUUUGUUUUUUAUCGAAUUGCGAUUGUUUUUUUUUUGUUCUACUAAAAUUUAUCCACACACACUUAUUAUAUCGUUGUCAAACAAACAAACAAACAAACAAAACAACUCAUAAUGCCAUCCAUUUAUGAUUUCCGACAUGUUGAACUCGAUAAAGUUGGUCGAGGAAAGAGAAUCAUUAAAGCACCAGGAGGUGGUGAGAAUAACAUUUUUGGCCAAUCCGGCGAUAAUCAACCAAUGAAUGGUAAUGGCAAAGCAAAUGGCAAUGGUUCAAUUAGUGAAACCGAAUCUGUAGAUGGUUCUGUUAUAUCCUGUCCAUCAACACCAGUUCAUAAUGGUAAUGGUAAUGGAUCACAAUUUGGCUAUGAAUCCGAUACAAGUUCAACAAUAUCAUCAACAACUUCAUCACGACGUGGAUCAUUGCAAGAUACUAAAAAUCGUUUGUUUGGUCAACCAGAAGGUUUGGAAUCGCCAAGACGACGUGUUGUUGAUCGUAUGAAAUCAAACAUAUUUGCUGAACCGGAACCAGCUCCUGUUGUUCGUUCACCAUCGGUCAAGAAAUAUGAACACGUGAUUCGUCGUAAUCCGAUCACCGGAGAAGUUUUGGAAGAACAACAACAACAACUUCAACAUCAACAACCUACUAGCAAUGGAAAUGGUAAUGCUACCGUAAAUAUGAAUGGAUCUAUGAAUGGAUCGAAUGGAUCAGCUUCAAUGCCUAAUACUCCUGUCCGUGUUCGACAACCACCAGGUGGAAAAACAUCCAACAUUUUUGGCUGAAAAAAAAA